AUUUAAAUUGUGAUAUUGUGUAAGACUCUAACUACAACUGACUACUGAGUAGUGACUGACUAGUGACCAGUUAAUAGUCACGUCUGUUCACGAUUAAAAUGUUAUUUUAUUUCCAUAUCUCUACUUAUUAAUACGUAAUUAUCUACAAUACCAAACAAUUAAUAGCUCUCUAACUACUUACUCAUUAGUGUAGUGUUUAUAAUAUUAUAAUGUUACUUUAAAUAUUUUUGUAUUAUUUUUCAACCUAAAUAUUGUACGACCAUCAUUCCUACAACCUUCAAGGUGUAACAAUAAACUAUAAUAAACAUGACAUCCAUAGUAUGCAUGUCACUUAUAUUUGUGAUUUAUAUGGUAAAUUAUGCUGUCAGUCCUCCGCCUGCGUAUGUUACUAGCACUAGACCAACAGUCCGUUUAUCUGACCAAGAAUUUGAACACAUCAUAAAGGAUGAACAAGAUAACACUCAAAAGAAUCAUCAACCACCACCUGAUGAAAAAACAUUAGUUGAUUUAGGUAUUGAAUACAAUCGUUAUUUAAGAGAGGUUGUAGAGACCUUAGAAAAAGAUGAUGCAUUCAGAAAAAAACUUGAAACUGCUGAUGAAGCAGAUAUUAGGACUGGCAAAAUUGCUGAUGAAUUAGAAUAUGUAGGACAUCAUAUUCGAUCAAAAUUAGAUGAACUUAAACGCCAGGAACUAAAUAGACUACGUGAUAUUGCAAGAAAAGCUUAUAGUGAUUCUUCUGAUCCAGGACAUGUUGAUCAUCAAAAUCCACACAGUUUUGAAAAGGCUGAUCUACUCAAACUUAUACAACAGGUUGCUAAAGAUUUAGCAGAUGCUGAUUUGAAACGUAAACAAAUGUUUAAAGAAUAUGAAAUGCAGAAACAUUUUGAAAGAGAACAAAAAUUGAAACAAAUGACAGAUGAAGAACGUCAAAAAUUCUUAUCAGAGGAAACAAAAUUAGAAUCCGAAAGAGAAGUCAAACAUAAGCUUGAUCCAAUUCAUCACCCAGGAAGCAAAAAACAACUUGAAGAAGUUUGGGAAAAACAAGAUGAAAUGGAAGGAGAAAAUUUUAAUCCUCGUACAUUUUUUGCAAUGCAUGAUAUUGAUGGUAAUGGAUUUUGGGAUGAAGAGGAAUUAAAAGCAUUAUUUGUACGGGAGUUAGAUAAGCUUUAUCAACAAGGAAUGAAAAAAGCAGAUCUAAUGGAAAAAGCUGAAGAAAUGGAACGUAUGCGUGAACAUGUAUUUAAUGAGGUUGAUUUAAAUCGAGAUAGACUAAUCAGCUGGGAAGAAUUUAAACGUAUGUCUGAACAACCAGACUUUGAAAAAGAUGAAGGAUGGAAAACUAUUGAUCAAAAUGAAAUCUAUACUAAUGAAGAGCUUAAAGAAUUUGAACAUCAGAGGCAGCAACAAAUUGAUCAAAUGAUUCAAAAUGGUCAAAUUCCACAAUAUCCUCCUGAAUAUUAUCAACAUCACCCAGAUAUUCCAAAGCCUGUACUAAAUCAUGGACCACCUUAUCAAGUAAAUCCUAAUUAUCAUCAGCCUCAACCAAUGGGAUAUCCUCAAGAGCCACAUGCGGGUCAACCACAAAAUAAUCAAUUUGCCUAUCAACAACAAAUGAACCAACAACACCAACAAUUCCAGCAACAGCACCAACAAAAUCAACAGCAGUUGCCACAACAACAGUUACCUCAAUAUCAGCAGCCACAAUAUCAGCAGCCACAAUAUCAGCAACCACAAAAUCAGCAGCCACUAAAUCAGCAGCCUCUAAAUCAGCAGCCACUAAAUCAGCAGCCUUUAAAUCAGCAGCCACAAAAUCAGCAGCAACCUCAACAACAGCAGCAGCCACAACAACCCAAACAGACCAAUUCUCAAAAUGUAGUUCAACAACAACCAGCUCUGCCAGAACAACAAUCUAAAGAUCCUCAAUCACAACAACAAGGUCAAUCACCACCUCUUCAAAACUAUCCUCCAGAAAAACAACAGUUCCAAGCUGUAAAUAGUGAUUCCAUAAAAAAGCCAAAUGUAGGUCGAUUGAAUGAUGUGAACUCAAAUCAAAUGCUAAAGAACCAAAAGGAAAAUUUUGGGAAAACAGUUCAUAUAAAUAAAAACUAAUGAACAGAUUUUAAGUAAAUUAUCAAAACAUAAUAUUUCUGUAUGGAUUCCAUUUUAUCUAAGCAUUAAAAUUCCUAUAAAUAUUCAA